AUGUUAAGACAGACUAAGGAUAUAAUUUCCCAUACAAUCAUCCGGAGUCUGUCCACUCGGACGGGCGGUGCGCUCGCCGGUAUCAAAGUGUUAGAUUUGACCAGGAUACUCGCCGGACCAUUUUGCACACAACUAUUGGGCGAUUUGGGCGCAGAAGUGAUCAAGGUCGAAAGACCCGGCACUGGAGACGACACCAGGGCGUGGGGCCCACCCUUUGUCGCGCCCGAGAUGUCCGCUUUUUCAUUUCACAAAAAUAAAUCUCAUUUACAGAGCGUUGCCAUUGACUUAAAGAAACCCAAAGGCAAACAAUUAGUGCUAGAAUUGGCCAAAGAGUGCGAUAUAUUUGUGGAGAAUUAUAUUCCGGGAAAACUAACAGAAUUGGGUGUCGACUACGAGAGUGUCAAACGAGUGAAUCCCAAAAUCAUUUACGCCUCCAUCACUGGCUUUGGCUCCAGCGGUCCGUACGCUAAGAGGGCUGGCAUUGACUUUAUCGCCAACUCUAUCGGCGGAAUGCUAUCCAUUACUGGCCCGGAAGACGGCGAGCCGUGUCGGCCGGGCGUUGCCAUCACUGACUUGAUGACAGCCCUCUACACCAAAGGCGCUAUACUUACGGCACUUUUCCAUAGGGAAAGGCACGGAAAGGGAUGCAAAAUCGACGCCAACCUAUUGUCGAGUCAGGUCAGUGUCCUGACGACCGUUGCCUCCAAUUACUUAAAUUGCGGUCUGAAAGCCAAACGCCGCGGAACAGCGCACGAAAGUAUAGUUCCUUAUCAGGCGUUUAAGUGCAAGGAUUCAAAAUACGUGACAAUCGGUGCCAUAAAUGAGCCCACAUUUAGAAAACUGUGUCAAUUGAUUGAUUUAAAGGAGGCGCCAAACGAUCCCCGCUUUUCAAGUAAUGCCAAACGAGUGGAGAAUAGAGUGCUUUUGAUACAAAUGAUUGGCAACAGAUUCCUAACCGAACCGCUCUCUCAUUGGCUUCAAGUGUUGGAGAAGUGCGGCUUCGCUUACGGACCCAUCAAUGAUAUUGACGACGUCUUCGCCGACCCACAGGUCAUACAUAACGAGAGUGUGGUUGAGAUGGAGGGCAAGAAUGGGGAUCGCAUCAAGACUUUGGGAUCGGCCGUCAAGUAUGAGAGCGAACAGCAGAUGUUGGGCACCGACUUCACGGCCCCACCACUGCUGGGCGAACACACCCGACAAGUGCUUCAAUCGGUGCUCAGGUAUACGGAGUCGGAAAUACAGCAAUUGGACGAACAACACGUUAUUCAGUGCUUAAAAUAA